ACGGCGCUACUUAAAGGCGAGCGCAGCAAGCGGCAGGAGUCGUACAGCACAGCUCCCCAACCGGCAGUGAUCAGCGCGGACAAAAUGAAGUUCCUACUAGCCUUUGCUGUAAUGACCGUUGCGCUGGCUCUGCCAAGGACAAAACGGGCAGCGUACGAGCUGCCUGACGGCGCCGAACUGCUGCUGGGCGGCGUCAAGACCUCGUUCCAGUGCCCGGCCAAGAACGGUUACUUCGCCGAUGUCGACAACGCCUGCCUCAUCUUCCACGUGUGCAACGUGGUCCCCAAAGACGACGGCAGCACCGAGGUGCAGCAGUACAGUUUCCUGUGUGGAAACCAAACCGUGUUCAACCAGCUGAGCCUGACGUGCGCCUUUGCCGAGGAAGCCGUUCCGUGCAACAAUGCGCCCGACUUCUUCUACGUGAACGACAACAUCGGCAACCCGACGGCGCCGUUCCUCACAGAGGCCGACGUGCAGAAGGCGGCUCCACUCAUACCGGGCUUCAGAGCGGGCGGCGGCGCAGGGGCGGAACAACCCGGCCGCAGGCCUUUCUAACAAGGCUCGCACCCAGCAGCACCACCGUUUCCUCUCCCCCACCGGGCCUUUACACGCAGUAGGGCUAUAGUAUUAGCUGGGUUCAGCUUCUAUGGGGCCAAAAAGGGCUAUUAAUCCUCGCCGCAAUAACAUUUUUCAACGACGGACUGCGACGGCCAGACAUAAUCGUCCCGGGAGCCCGGGCCAGUUUUCUCAUUCUUUCGACGGAAGGAAGACAUUCACCGAGGCGAAUCAGCGUGUGUCAACUUGGGAGAAAACUUCAAGCAGGUUGAAGCUUGGACAUUAGCUCGGGCGGAAACACGGCAACCUAACAUUGUCACCUCGGACUUUCCCAUAUUUUUCUUUCUUGUACACCUGUUCUUGCUUCCCGAUAAGUGCGGUUCUUACCAUUUUCCUGUAGUCACAUGUAUAUUUUUUUAAUUCAUGCACAGUUCGUCGACAACGUCAGUUCGGUUGCAAAUGACAUCGCGUGAUAUGCCGCCAUCUGUGCUCUGCGUACCUCAUUUCUUCUCUUGCUAACCAAGACCCAUUUAUUUUGCUUUGGUGAAAGGACAGCCGCAGCCGGGGAAUCCUUUGUCGCUUUUGGUGAAAGGCUUGGCUCGGCGGUGCUUUGCGUGUGAAGGAAAUACUCAUAUGGCAAAUGUGCUACAUUGCAUGCUCGCUUCAUUCUCAUCAUCCUAACCUAAGCGGCGAGGUUGCUUGGAGAAAUGUCUGGUCUUCUGGUGUACUCUUACUCGCUUGCAUGGCUACGAGGAACAAAUGUACAUUGCUCACAUAUUGCAAGAACCUGUACUGUAUACUUUGCUUGCAUAAAAUGUUUUGCUCAGAA